UAUGGUGCGAUCACAUGGAAUGAUAUAAAAGACGUGACACCUCUGAAGAUAUCCAGUAACUACGUUACUUGGAGACCUGUUGGGAGGGUGACAUUCCGUGCUGUGACGAUGCUUACUCCGCGUGUCCUGUUCUUGUUGGUUUGCGCGGUGGUGCCAGCCCAGCCCGCCAGUCUGAAUGCACAUGUUCGGGAGAACAGACGUAACAUUCGUGCCGGGGGAACGGCGGAUUUCUACCCGUUCGGGGUGUCUGCCGGUGACGCAGUAAACCCCAAAGCCGACGAUGGUGGCUCCCCGAAGCAAACCUCGGCGCACGCCGGCGGGUUUCCGUACUUCGGACAGGUUUACCGGGACUUCUGGGUGAACAACAACGGAGUGGUGUCGUUCGAGGGAGAAGUGACCAUCUUCACACCCUACCCCUUCCCAAUCCAGUCUUUCCCAAUAGUGGCGGUCUUCUGGGCAGAUGUGGACAACAGGCGUGCCGGGGAGGUAUACUGGAGACAGACCACCACGGACCAAGCUUUGCUGACGCAAGUGUCCCAGGACAUCGUCACCAACCAUCCCGGCAUCUCCAGCUUCCAGGCAGGCUGGGUCCUGGUGGCCACAUAUGACGACGUGACCUACUACGGCGGCAGCUCAAACACAAGCCGCCAGUCCUUCCAGGUCGUGUUGGCGACCGACGGUAUCCAGUCUUUCGCCAUUUUCAAGUACGGUGACAUCCUCUGGACGACGGGAAGCGCCAGUAUGGGAGAUGCGGCGACUGGUCUUGGUGGAGUCCCAGCACAGGCUGGUUUCAAUUCCGGAGAUGGAACGAACUACUACACCGUCCCCGGCUCACGGUCUUCUGAGAUUGUAGACGUGGAGACCAGGUCCAACGUCGGGCAGCCGGGCACCUUCCUGUACCAGAUCAACGACGCCAAGAUCAUCCCGCUAGGUAAGGUAAGGCUAGUCGGAGGCAGUUCUGAAUUUGAGGGUCGGGUUGAGAUCAACCAAGGAGGAACCUGGGGAACGAUCUGUGAUCACAGCUGGGGAACAGAGGAAGCUCAGGUGGUGUGCCGUGAGCUAGGUCACGGCGGUGCUGUAGCGGCCUACGGCUCCGCUCACUUCGGACAGGGAAGCGGGCCGGUUCACCUCAACAACCUGAACUGCACUGGGGACGAGAUGUCCCUGUCGGACUGUCCGCUGCUCUCGGGCGGGACAGCCGCCUGUACUCAUGCUGAUGACGCCGGGGUGGAGUGUAAAGAUACCAGCAACCCUUGUUGGAACGAUCCUUGUAAACACGGAGGCGUGUGCUCUGCUGACGGCGACAAAUUCACCUGCUCCUGUCAGUCGGGAUGGAACGGCACCACGUGCGACACGUAUGCCCUGAACCCCUGUGACAGCGGACCUUGUCAAAACGGAGGCGUGUGCUAUGCAAGCGUGGAUAAAUACACCUGCUCAUGCCAGCCUGGAUGGAACGGCACUACUUGUGAAACAAAUCUUGACGACUGUAGCCCUGACCCUUGUCAGAACGGAGGGGUGUGUCAGGACCUGGUGGCUGACUUCUCUUGUAGCUGCCCUGCUACAUACGAGGGCAAGACGUGCGAGACAUACGUGAGUCCAUGUGACAGCGGACCUUGUCAAAACGGAGGCGUGUGUUCUGUAAGCGGCGGUACAUUUACCUGCUCAUGUCAGCCUGGAUGGAACGGCGAUAGUUGCGAAAUGAACAUUGACGACUGCAGUCCAAACCCUUGUCAGAACGGAGGGGUCUGUCAGGACUUGGUCGACGAUUUCUUCUGCAAUUGUCCUGCUCCAUACGAGGGCAACAUGUGCGAGAUAUAUGUGGAUCCAUGUGGAAGCAAGCCUUGUCAAAACGGAGGGGUGUGUUCUGCCUUCGGUGCCAUAUUUACCUGCUCAUGCCAGCCUGGAUGGUACGGCAUCACGUGUGACAUGGACAUUGAUGAGUGCAGCUCUGACCCUUGUCAGAACGGAGGGGUGUGUCAGGACCUGGUGGCUGACUUCUCUUGCAGUUGUCCUGCUCCAUACGAGGGCAAGACCUGUGAAAUCUAUGUGGACCCCUGUGACAGCGGACCUUGUCAACACGGAGGCGUGUGUUCUGCAAGUGGAGCUACAUUUACCUGCUCAUGUCAGCCUGGAUGGAACGGCACCACGUGCGAAAUAAACAUUGAUGAAUGCAGCCCUGACCCUUGUCAGAACGGAGGGGUCUGUCAGGACCUGGUCGACGAUUUCUUCUGCGAUUGUCCUGCUCCAUACGAGGGCAACAUGUGCGAGAUAUAUGUGGAUCCAUGUGGAACCAAGCCUUGUCAAAAUGGAGGCGUGUGUUCUGCCUUCGGUGCCAUAUUUACCUGCUCAUGCCAGCCUGGAUGGUACGGCAUCACGUGCGAAAUGGACAUAGAUGAGUGCAGCUCUGACCCUUGUCAGAAUGGAGGGGUGUGUCAGGACCUGGUGGCUGACUUCUCUUGCAGUUGUCCUGCUCCGUACGAGGGCAAGAUGUGCGAAAUCUAUGUGGACCCCUGUGACAGCGGACCUUGUCAAAACGGAGGCGUGUGUUCUGCAAGCGGCGCUACAUACACCUGCUCAUGUCAGCCUGGAUGGAACGGCACCACGUGCGAAAUGAACAUCGAUGAGUGCAGCUCCGACCCUUGUCAGAACGGAGGGGUGUGUCAGGACCUGGUGGCUGACUUCUCUUGCACCUGUCCUGCUCCGUACGAGAGCAAGAUGUGUGAGACAUACGACAUAGAUGAGUGCAGCUCUGACCCAUGUCAGAACGGAGGGGUGUGUCAGGACCUGGUGGCUGACUUCUCUUGCAGUUGUCCUGCUCCAUACGAGGGCAAGGCCUGUGAAAUCUAUGUGGAUCCCUGUGACAGCGGACCUUGUCAAAACGGAGGCGUGUGUUCUGCGAGCGGUGCUACAUUUACCUGCUCGUGUCAGCCUGGAUGGAACGGUGAUAGUUGCGAAAUGAACAUAGAUGAGUGCAGCCCGAACCCUUGUCAGAACGGAGGGGUGUGUCAGGACCUGGUGGCUGACUUCUCUUGUAGUUGUCCUGAUACAUACGAAGGCAAGACGUGCGAGACAUACGUGGAUCCCUGCGGCAGUGGACCUUGUCAAAACGGAGGCGUGUGUUCUGCCUUCGGUGCCAUCUUUACCUGCUCAUGUCAGCCUGGAUGGUACGGCAUCACGUGUGACAUGGACAUAGAUGAGUGCAGCUCUGACCCUUGUCAGAACGGAGGGGUGUGUCAGGACCUGGUGGCUGACUUCUCUUGUAGUUGUCCUGCUACAUACGAAGGCAAGACGUGCGAGACAUACGACAUAGAUGAGUGCAGCCCUAACCCUUGUCAGAACGGAGGGGUGUGUCAGGACCUGGUGGCUGACUUCUCUUGCAGUUGUCCUGCUCCAUACGAGGGCAAGAUGUGCGAGACAUACGUUGACCCCUGUGACAGCGCACCUUGUCAACAUGCAGGCUUGUGCUUUGCGAGUGGCGCUACAUUCACCUGCUCAUGUCAGCCCGGAUGGAGCGGCACCACGUGCGAAAUGAACAUUGAUGAGUGCAGCCCUGACCCUUGUCAGAACGGAGGGGUGUGUCAGGACCUGGUGGCUGACUUCUCUUGCAGUUGUCCUGCUCCAUACGAGGGCAAGACGUGCGAAGUAUAUGACAUUGAUGACUGCAGCCCAGAUCCUUGUCAGAACGGAGGGGUGUGUCAGGAUCAUGUCAAUGAUUUCUUCUGCACCUGUCCGUCUCCAUAUGAGGGCAAGAUGUGCGAGAUAUAUGUGGACCCCUGUGACAACAAGCCUUGUCAAAACGGAGGCGUGUGUUCUGCAAGCGGCGACAAAUUCACCUGCUCAUGUCAGCCUGGAUGGAACGGCACUACUUGUGAAAUAAAUCUUGAUGAGUGCAGCCCUAACCCUUGUCAGAACGGAGGGGUGUGUCAGGACCUGGUGGCUGACUUCUCUUGCGAUUGUCUCGCUCCAUACGAGGGCAAGACGUGCGAGACCUUUGAUCUUGAUGACUGCAGCCCUAAUCCUUGUCAGAACGGAGGGUUAUGCCAGGACCUGGUGGGUGAUUUCGUCUGCCACUGCCUCCCUUCAUACCACGGCAAGACGUGUGAGAUAUACGUGAGCCCCUGUGACAGCGGACCUUGCCAAAACGGAGGCUUGUGUUCUGCAAGCGGUGGUACAUUUACCUGCUCAUGUCAGCCUGGAUGGAACGGCGCUACAUGCGCGAUGGACAUUGAUGAGUGCAACCCGAACCCUUGUCAGAACGGAGGGGUGUGUCAGGACCUGGUGGCUGACUUCUCUUGCAGUUGUCCUGCUCCGUACGAGGGAAAGACGUGCGAGAUAUAUGUGGACCCCUGUGACAGCGGACCUUGUCAAAACGGAGGCGUGUGUUCUGCAACCGGCGCUGCGUUUACCUGCUCAUGUCAGCCUGGAUGGAGCGGUGCUACUUGUGGAAUGGACAUUGAUGAGUGCAGCCCUAACCCUUGUCAGAACGGAGGGGUGUGUCAGGACCUGGUGGCUGACUUCUCUUGCAGUUGUCCUGCUCCAUACGAGGGAAAGACCUGUGAAAUCUAUGUGGACCCCUGUGGCAGCGGACCCUGUCAAAACGGAGGCGUGUGUUCUGCAACCGGAGCUGCGUUUACCUGCUCAUGUCAGCCUGGAUGGAACGGUGCCACUUGUGGAAAUAACAUUGAUGAGUGCAGCCCUGACCCUUGUCAGAACGGAGGGGUGUGUCAGGACUUGGUGGCUGACUUCUCUUGCAACUGUCCUGCUCCAUAUGAGGGCAAGAUGUGUGAGACGUACGUGAGCCCCUGCGGCAGCGGACCUUGUCAAAACGGAGGCGUGUGUUCUGCAACCGGUGCUACAUUUACCUGCGCAUGUCAGACUGGAUGGGACGGUGCCACGUGCGGAAUAAACACUGAUGAGUGCAGCCCUAACCCUUGUCAGAAUGGAGGGGUGUGUCAGGACCUGGUGGCUGACUUCUCUUGCAGUUGCCCGCCUCUAUACGAGGGCAAGAUGUGUGAGAUCUAUGUCUCUACACCCCCGCCGUACGUCCCCACCACCGCUCUCGUCAUCACCGAGGGGGCUGUGAUCCCCUGGAGCCCGGGGUUGACGUGCGACGGGCUGAACUUCUUCCUGCUGGACACCGACUGCAGCAACAUCUACUACGUCUGCUCCCCGGGCUUCGCCUCCCCGAUCCUCAUGUACUGCCCCGCCACCCUGGUCUUCAACAAGGAUAUCAAAGUGUGCGACAACCCGCAAGCCGUCGUCUAUUGCCCAUAAACGACGAAGGGUUGCUCUUUAAAUCUAACGUCACCCACUAAAGUAAUCGUUGUCAUCCACGUUUAAGUUGUGAUGACCAGAGUGCUAACAUCCUCUUUCGUUUAAUCAUCCAUAUGUCCUGAUCACGAUAUGACCAGAAGUAUUGGUUGUGAUCUUGACCAUUCC